GUUUUUCACUCUAGCUACCAUUUGUCUCAACUUUAAAUUUCUUUUGGAAUUCUAAUAUCUAGUUGACUAUUCUCUUCAUCACUAGUCACCUGGUGACCCCUUUCGCCCCUCCCCUUUCCCCCUCCCCUCUGAGGGAGGGGCUAUUUUUCAGCCGCCUGACUAUCCUGACCCCUGGCUGGAUGGACGUCCUCGUUGCCCCCCUGUCUCAUCUGGCUAGAUGGACCCCCUCAAGUCCCCUCACCCUAUUGCAUCUCUACAAACUGGAACUCGUUCUGCUAAUACCCUGAUGCAUCUAUAGCAGGGGCGGGCAAACUAUUCCGCAAAGGGCCACUGUGGGUGCGGGUUUCUGUUCCAACCCAUCCAGAGGAAACCUUUUCAUCAAUCUGGUGUCUUGCAAGCGCAAUCAGUUGAUCGCAGUCAGGUGCUAUUUGUUUCAGCAGAAACCUUACUGGUUAAACUGUCUGUGCUGGAUCAGUUGGAACAAAGACCAGGACCCACUACGGCCCUUGAGGACCGGUUUGCUUACUCCUGAUCUAUAGCCUGUCCGUCCUGGGAGUGGAUCUCUCCUGACCGUGGUUCUCCCCAAGGUUUCUCUUUUCCCACUGGGUUUUUGGAAUUUUCCAAUUGGGUUUUUGGAGUUUUUCCUUGCCGCCAUGAAGGGUCCAAGGAUGGGGGAUACCCAGGACAUGGACUCAUCUCAUUCAUCUACUGUAUCUGACUGUGUAUCAAAUUGACUCUGUAAAGCCCUCUGAGACAAACUUGUUGUGAUAUAGGGCUAUACACAUAAAAUUGAAUUGAAUUGUGGUCUUUUACCUCUUUGGGAGUUUUGUGUCCGUCUCUGAGAAACCUGCAGCAGCCGUAGCGACCCUGGACGUACGCAGGUUUCACUUUAAUGCUUGCCGAGCACCUCUUUGAGCAGACGGUGAUUUUAGCACCUGCAACUUGGAGAUGAUCUCCUCCUUGGUCACGUUGACAAUGCUGAUGUCCUCCACGGCGAAGGCGGGAUAGGAGAUGAUGGCCAGCACGCCGGCGUCCACCUCUUUGGAGAUGGACGCUCUGGGAAGCAUGGACGUCAGGAUGGACUAACAAGAAGAAUAAGAAGGGGUUCACGACAAGUAGCGCCUUAAAUACGUUACCAAGUAGCGUUACCUGGCAGUGCUGUAUGUCGUCAGCCAGGGCGUGGACCACCGAUCCGGGUCCGCCUUUAGCUCCAAACAGGUUCAGCUCAUCCAGGGCUUCCAGAGCGGCCUGAAGUCAACAACAUUGGCAAAAAACAGACCAAAUUUCUCAAAUAAAAUAGUAUUUUCGAUAUUUGCGAUGUGAUAAAGGUGAGUGAAAUCCAUCCUUGUGUUUUCAUGAGAAUUACAUUCCACUGUGAAGCUUGAUUCCCCGCGUCUUAAUUUAGCUCUGUGCAUUUGUGUGUGUUAUUUCAGAGUGGGAACUCAUUCUUGGAAGACUCCGGGAACCCGAUCCUUCGCGGCAGCCGCGAGGCGAAAGGACUCGUGAUGAAUGAGUUGCGACGAAGACGGCGAUGACCUGAAACGGAAGGUCGCCUAUGUUUUUAGCCAGGAAUACAUUGAAAAGUGCGACUCUUUAUCCAAAGUGCCACAGCGGGCGAGUAUGGUGCACUCACUUAUAGAAGCUUAUGGACUCCUUCAACAUAUGAGUAUUGUGAAGCCUCAAGUGGCCACCAUGGAGGAGAUGGCCCAGUUCCACUAUGACUUCUAUUUGGAGCAUCUUCGCAAGAUUAGUCAGGACGGAGACAAUGAUGACCCGCGCUCCAACGAUUUUGGCCUGGGUUACGACUGCCCGGUGGUGGAGGGCAUCUAUGACUACGCAGCAGCAGUGGGAGGGGCUACGAUUACAGCCGCCAAGUGUCUGGUGGACCAAACGCACCACUUGGCGAUCAACUGGGCGGGCGGGUGGCACCACGCCAAGAAAGACCAGGCAUCGGGGUUCUGCUACAUCAACGACGCCGUGUUGGGAAUUCUCAAGCUGUGCGAAAAAUUCGACAGAGUGCUUUACGUGGACGUGGAUUUGCAUCACGGAGACGGUGUGGAGGAAGCCUUCAACUUCACGUCCAAAGUCAUGACGGUGUCCCUGCACAAAUUCUCUCCUGGAUUUUUCCCAGGUACAGGCGACGUCACCAACGUGGGCUUGUGCCGAGGCCGCUGGUACACGGUCAACGUCCCGUUUGAGGACGGCAUCCGAGACGACCGAUACUACCAAGUCUUUAGCAGCAUCAUGCAGGACGUGCACGCUUGCUUCAACCCGGACGCGGUGGUCAUGCAACUGGGCGCCGACACCUUGGCGGGCGACCCCAUGUGCUCCUUCAACAUGACGCCCAUCGGGGUUGCCAAGUGUCUGCAGUACGUGCUACAGUGGCGCUUGCCCACGUUGCUGCUAGGAGGAGGGGGUUACAACCUGGCCAACACGGCACGCUGCUGGACCCACCUGACGGCGACGCUGUUGGGAAAGAACCUCUCCUCGGAAAUCCCGGACCACGAGUAUUUUACAGAGUACGGCCCCGACUAUUCGCUAGAGAUUAGCCCGAGCUGCCGACCCGACCGCAAUGAGGCCAAACACCUGGACCAAGUGGUCGCCACCGUCAAAAGCAAUCUAAAGCACGUGGUUUAGAAGUUGAAGACCAUACGGAUGGCGAGCUUAGUUCUGAAGGUUCGGGGGAACAUUAGCGGACAACUUCAAGGGAGCGACUUGAAGAGGUUUUGCGUUCACGUUUUGGACGUUUGAGUUAGCGCCGUUGACCUUCCUAGAGACUUUUGGAACUGUUGCGCAUGGAAGCAAUCGCUAAAGACUGGACGAGACCGUCAAAGUCCUGUCUGAGGACUCCGAGACGUCUGUUUUGUUUUUGAUGUGAAGUAUAACAAGAAGGUUCACAAAAAUGUUGAAAAUAUCGAAAAUUCACCUGCGUUUGUUAUUUGGGUGUUUAAUUCUGUUAUUCUGUUUUGUUUUGUUUAUUUUCAAUGGAAUUUCUAUGGCACGCCGCACAGCCCGAACCGUUUGACAACGUUCGAAUAUGGAAAUGACCGGAAUUUUCACCCGACGCAGGGAAUUUUUUGAACGACCCCGAAAAAUUUCCCGUCUGCUCAUAAACGCCAAUUUUUCACCGAUUUUUGGGAAAUAAAAAAACAAAUUUUCAAAAUUUAUCUAGUCCUACAAUUUUUUACCAAAUCAAAAUAAAAUAAAAAAUUCUGGGACGGUAAGGGGCAUAAAAGUUGUAAACAGAAUUUGGA